AUGAUUGAACAAAACGAAAUGCAAGCAGUUUCGGCAUUGUCUUUGUCUCCAAGCUUCAAUUCGUACGAUUCGAAGAACAAAUUUGAAUACGCGCAGCUCUCUGCAUAUUCCAACUCCAAGCUCAAAGUCGCUGGUUCUAGUAGCGAUUUCGAAUUCAGUGACCCUAAAACUGCAACUUUAGAUAAAGAGAAGGAGAAGCUAGAAAUGGAAGAGAACAAAGGUGUUCAGAACGCUGACUUUGGUGGUGAUUGCAAGAAGAAUGAAGAUGAGGACGAUUUUUCUUUCACAUUCCCUAACCCUAACGGAUCCCCGAUUUCCACCGACGAUAUAUUCCAAGAUGGCCAGAUCCAUCUAGUGUUCCCGAUUUUCAACCCGGAUCUCCUGUUCGCUGACGCCGACGACGGCGAUUCUUCCAAAGCCAGAUGUUGCAUACCGUAG